AUGGAGUUUGAUCUCAUUUGUGAUCGAGAAUUCCUGUUCGGCUUGACCCAGACAUUGAUGAGUGUGGGCAACGUGCUGGGUGCUUUCGUAUUCCCCUACCUGACUGACCGGUACGGACGAAAACCCACUGUAAUUGUCUGCACUGUAGGCGCCAUGGGCAGUGCGUUAGGCUUGGCGUGUUCCCUAAACUACGCUAUGUUUGCUUCCUUCAAAGUCUGUGCCGGGAUCUUCGUGCAAGGCCUCGGGGGUGCAUGUGGACUGGCUAUGUUGGAGUACCUCGCAACACGCCACCGGUCUAAAGGUUACGCGUGUGCUGCGAGUUGUAACUGGACAUUCGGCAUGCUCACUCUGGUGCCUGUUGCCUACCUGCUGAGGAACAACUCCUGGAGGACUAUAGAGUUCACUUUUGUAGCUUUCUUUGCUCACAUUCUUUUGUCUGUCUUCAUUAUGGAUGAAACACUGAGGUGGCUGGUAGCCAACAACAAAUACGAGAAAAUAAAACGUGUUGUCAAGAGAGCGUCAAGAUGGAAUAAACGCAACUUUGUUACGGUGAUGAAGGCUCUUUACAAAGGCAAACAUGAAGAAUCUGACGACAAAACCAAUACAAAGCUUGAUGUAUUCACUAUAAACGGACUAGAUCUUAACAGGAGGAGAAGUAGUUCAGUUAAUGGACGCGUACUUUCCCCCAGUGAUGAAAACAGCACGUCUCAGAAAAACGGGCCGGUAGAGAUCAAGAAGGAGGAGACAUCCUCUGAACGUCUUUCUGUUUGGAGUCUUUUCACUCACCCACGUCUGCGCUACAACACUGUGUACAUGUUCUUCACCUGGUUUGUAAAUAGCAUCUCAUACUUAGGUUUGACCCUCAUGUCUUCCACAUUGAGUGGUGACCUCUAUUCCAGCUUCACCAUCAACGCUUUGGUGGAGAUCCCUCAAGCAGUUUUCCUUUACUUCUAUUUCGACCGUCUCGGAAGGCGUCUCUGUUUCUUUCUUUUCUCCGUCAUCGCAGGCCUCACUCUCAUCGCUACCGCCGCCGUCUACGCACUGGCGCCAGACCAACACAUUCUCAUCACUGUUCUAAGCGUUGUCGGCAAAUUUGGCGUCUCUGGAGCUUUCAACGCGAUCUACUUGUACACCCCGGAGCUGUUCCCGACCAACGUUCGGAACACUGCACUGGGCAUCGCGUACAUCGGCGCUAGGACUGGCGGAAUGCUGGCACCUUACACAAAACUGCUGUACAAGAGGAUCGUCUACGCCCCGGGCCUCAUCUUCGGCCUGGGGAAUUUGCUGGUGACCAUCGGUGUGUACUUUCUGCCGGAGACGACCAACAUCCAGCUGCCACAGAACUUACAGGAGAUGGACGUAAUGUGGAGCGGAAAACCCAAACCAGUAGAACAUGUUGUAGUGAAUGACAACGCCGGAUUUCAAAACGAGGAAGAGUUGAAAAGCUAA